AUGAAAAUCUUCGUCUGUUUGCUGGCUGUGGCCGCGGUGGCUCAAGCAGGAUUCAUUGGAGGCGCAGGUGGCGGUGGUGGUGGUGGCUACGGCGGUGAUGCAUCCUCUCAUGGCGGCGGAGAUGGUGGCUACAGCUACGGCGGCGGCGGUGGUGGUGGUGGCUCAGAUCACCAUGGCGGCGGCGGUGGUUCCCCACCUGUCAAAAUCAUCAAGGUGAUCCACGAAUCUGCUCCAUCUGGUGGCUCUGGAGGCUGGCAGUCCGGAGGAGGCGGCGGCGGCUGGUCGGCUGGUGGACAUGGCGGACAUGGCGGCGGUGGUGGCGCGCAGGAAAUCAAAAUCAUCAAGAUUAUCUCGCAGCAGGGUUCGUCCGGCGGUCAUGGUGAUGGCGGCUAUGGCGGUUCCGCUGGAGGAUAUGGUGGUGCAUCCGGUGGCGGCUGGUCAUCAGGUGGUGCUUCCAGCGGUGGCUGGUCCUCUGGAGGUGGAGGUGCUGCUCAAGCCGUGAAGAUUAUCAAAAUCAUCUCGGAGUCGGACUCUGGCGCUGGAGAUGCCGGUGGUUGGGCGUCCGGUGGUGCAUCGUACGGUGGACCCAGUUCUUCCUACGGUCCUCCCAGCAGUUCCUACGGUGCUCCAUCCAGUGGUGGCUGGUCAUCCGGCGGUGCUUCCAGCGGCGGUUGGUCCUCAGGUGGCUCGUCCAGCGGCGGAUGGGCUCCCCAGGGCGGUGGCAGCUGGUAA